UAGAUCAGUUUGUAUUGAAAUAGACAGAGUGUCUUUAAAAAUUAACAAGAAAAGAAAUUCAAGUUUCGGUAAACUGUUUUUUCUGUAUAACACAUAACGUUCUCUUUAAGCAUGACGCGUAACAUAGAUUGGAAUGAAUUGAUUGUCGACAAUAAGUGUAUUGGAUCAGGUACUUUCGGUGAUGUAUACAAGGCGACAUGGAACUCAAAUAAUGGUCAAAUAACUGUCGUGAUUAAACAAUUUUAUCGUAACUCAACUGACGACAAAAAUAAAAAAGAAGUCGACAUGCUAUCGCUGGUCAAUCAUGAUAAUAUUGUAAAGUUAAUAGGUACUACAAAAGAUGAGAAGGAAAGAACGGCCAUUGUAAUGGAAUACGCAGAGUGGGGUUCUCUUCAUAGCUUCCUGCACGAUGAGGAAAAUAAGAACAUCAUUUUACCACAUUCACUGCGUAUUAGCUGGAUGCUGCAAUGUGCGGAGGCCAUUAAAUACCUUCAUGAAAUCAGUCCGAUAAUUCUUCAUCGUGAUCUAAAACCAAAAAAUCUACUGCUUUUCAAUAAUUGUCUAACAUUGAAAAUAUGUGAUUUUGGCACAGUUAAAAAGCUGGAAACCUUUAUGUCUUAUGCUGGAACUUUUUGUUAUAUGGCACCAGAAGUCGCUAGCACCCGAUACACCGAAAAAUGUGACGUAUAUAGUUUUGGUAUUACAUUUUGGGAAGUAAUGUCAAGAAAGAAACCAUUCUACCACUUAGGAGUAUGUGAAGAAGUGGCCAUUCCAUUUUUAGCUGCCACAAAAGGAAUUCGACCACAUUUAGAUGACAUCCGGAAUAUUCCAGAAUACGAGCAGAUAAUAGAACUUAUAGUACUCUGUUGGAAUGGAGAGGCAAAGAAACGACCGACAAUGCAAGAAAUAAUAAGUAAUAUUAAUAAUUUGUACCCAAUUUUGGAUGUGGAAGAGCCUAACUUAAGUCUGAAAAUACCAGUCAAAAAUGAAGUUAACAGAUUGAUUGAUGAAGAUAUGAAUGCAAUUCAGAAAAAUGAAUGGACAAAUAUUACUUUAGAAGAGCUCAUUUCUUAUGGUGCCUUUGGAGAUGUAUAUAAGGCUCUCUGGAAAACUGAGAAGGGACCAAAGAUAAUUGCAGUUAAAAGAUAUAGACCCAAUUAUUCGAUCAACUCAGAAAAAUUAAAAAAAAAAUUUAUAGUUUACAGAAUCUGCUUCUUUUUUAACAAUUAUCAAACCCUAAAGAUUUCACUAUCUGAAACAGUGAGGACACAGGGUAGAGCAAUGACACAAAUGGUUGGAAAUUUAAUAUAUUUGGCUCCAGAAUUUAUGAGAGGGAUGCAAUACACCAAAAAGUGCGAUAUCUAUAGCUUCGGGAUAAUUCUGUGGGAGGUGAUGUCACGAAAGAAACCGUUCAACGAUAAGGAAUCGCUAUCUCUACUUUUUAGAAUUAUAAAAGGUCUUCGUCCAAAUGUAAAUGAUGUCGUCGAUAUUCACAAUUCGGAUGAUAUAAAAAUUUUGAUUACAAAAUGCUGGGAUGCGGAUCCACAGAAUAGACCUUCUAUGAAGGAAGUAUUCGCUAUUAUGGAAAAAUAUUCUUUUUAUUAAGAGAACGGCAACCAAAUUUUGAAUAUUAUG